UAUAAAAUAACAACUAAAACUAAAAAUGUACAGUUAUACUUAUUGUAUAUAUUUAUUUAUUCCGUUCUUAAAUGGUUAUCUUUCGUCUCAAAAUCUACUGCAUGGCCCUUAUCAUCCACCGCCUAUUUUUGAAAUUUGCCCAAGUAAAAUAUAUUGCAAAGGUGAUCUUUUACAUGCAGUACAAAUUUCAAAAGUGUUUCCAACAGCUAAAACAUUUGUAGAUAUGCAAAUGAAAGGAAGCGAAUCAUUUAUAUUCAAUAGUUUUYGUAUAUUGAAUAAUACUUUUAAUGGCAGUAUACCAUUACUAGAAUUAAAGAAAUUUGUUCAACGUAAUUUCAAACCCCAUACUCUUCAGAAAUGGUUACCACCGGAUUUUAAAAAUCAUCCCAAAAUCAUUGAUUAUUUACAAGAUAACAACUAUAAAGAAUUCUUGUCGGGGAUAAACCAGAUUUGGAAGAUAUUAGCCAGAAAAGUAUCAGACAUAGUUAAAACUGAAAGUGGUCGUUAUUCAAUGAUAUAUGUACCUAAUGGAUUCUUUGUAAACAUGGAAUUUCAAAAUGAAUUUAAUUAUUGGGACGCAUAUUGGAUAAUAAAAGGUGCAUUAAUAUGUGGAAUGGAAACUACUGUAAAAGGAAUUUUAGAAAAUUUUCUUUUCAUGAUUAAGAACUAUGGAUAUGUAUUAUUAGGGAACAGAAUAUAUUAUGAAGGACGAUCACAACCACCACUUCUUAUUCAAAUGAUGUCUAUUUACUAUACAUAUACUAAAGACGAAAAAUUCAUAACUGAUAAUAUUGGGCUCCUUGAUGCGGAAAUGAUGUUUUGGUUAAACUUCAGGUCCGUUAACGUUAAAAGCAUUAAUAAUGUUUAUAUUAUGACUCAAUAUAUGAGCAAUAAAACUGAUCCUCGCCCUGAAUUAUACACUAUUGAUGUAAGCAUAUCGAAAAAAUUGCCUAGUGUUCAAGAUCAAAACGAAUAUCUGUGUAGAGUAAAAGCUGCCUCCGAAUCUGGCUGGGGAUUUUCGAGCAAACAUUUCGACAAUCGGAAUAUUUAUAAUGAUUUUAGAAAGACCUUGUUGAAAACAAAUCCUCUAAAUUUUGCAUACGUUGAAUUGAAUUCUAUAAUGCAAUUAAACGCCAAUAUUCUGUCAAAUAUGUAUCUCAUGGUUAACGAUCAAGUAAACUCAAAGUUUUUCAAACAAAUUGCUCAUCGUUAUCAAAUCGGAAUAAACGCAUUAUUAUGGAACGAGGAUGAAAAAAUGUGGUUUGACUUUGACACAUCGAAAGCUGAAAGUCGUAAUUAUUUUUAUGCAUCCAACUUGGCCCCUUUAUGGACUGGAAGUUAUGACGAUAAACUAAGUGAAUUUUACGGCGAUGCAGCAGUGGAGUAUCUAAUAAGAAACAAUAUAAUAAAUGAAGAUUUGACACCAUCACGUUUUAUAUGCGUACCAACAUCUUUCUAUAACUCUAAUUUAGAUUGGGAUUAUUACAACUGUUGGCCACAAUUACAAUCAAUGAUAAUUUUUGGAUUACAAUCAACUAGAAGUCAAAAGGCACAACAAGUAGCAUUUAAUUUAGCCAGUUCAUGGGUUCAUACAAAUUUUGUGGGAUAUAAUUUAACAAAAACUUUGUUCGAAAAGUAUAAUGCAAUUAAAUUGGGUAGCAAUGGCAAAGAUAAUAAGGAUGAUGUAAUACGUUAUCCACAAGGAUACGGAGUAACAAUCGGGGUACUAUUUGAGAUUUUUCAUGAAUGGGGAGAUAAACUGAUGAGUAAAUAAACAGUAAUA